AUGCCGUCCAAGGAACGUGACGACGACGUCAAUGUCGACGACCGCAUGCGCGACAAGGCCCGCCGCUCAAAGUCGGAGCGCAAACCUGAUCGAGACCGCCCCCACCGCUCUUCAAAAUCCGCUCGCAGCUCCAGCGAUACCCAUUCCCUCACAUCCUCCGUCAGGCGGCACCGCAAGAGGGACGACAGGGACAGAGACAGAGACAGAGAUCGAGACAGAGAUCGAGACAGAGACCGGGAAAAGGACCGCCUUCCUCCGCGCCCCGCCUCCAUGUCCGACCUAGGCGUUGACGGCAUGUCCAAGCUGUCCCUGGACAAGGAUCGCAUCUCGCUGCCCUACCCGUCCUUUGACAAGGCUCACAGCAAAGAGGCCAUCACCAGCCGCGAGGACAUUGCCUCUACGUCUUCUCAGCCCAAGCCGUCCACCAAUCCCCUGACGCCUGAACCCACCGACGUCGGUGGCGGCAGCGGCGCAGGUGGUGCUGCUCCUGCUGGUGGAGACGAUCGUCGAUUAAAGCCCGACGAUGCUCUUCAUCGAUCGUCGUCCAAAAAGACUUCACGCCCGCCCACACCUCCCGAAACAGACGUCUCUGCCGCGAGGAGGCGUGCCGAAGACCUAGACCGUGGCAACAGGUCGACCGUCUCCAGGUCAGCCUCGCGCGCUACCGAAGAGAAAUCCUCAAAGGUGAGCCGCCGCUCAUCCACGAGCGCGGCGACCUUGGUACGCUCACCCAGCAACAAGAUUCACGACAAGCUCCGGUCCUCUGUGCUCUCCCGCUCCUCGAGCUCCGCCUCACGCCACUCUACCAAGCGGUCUUCCUCGACUCGCAGCGUCAAGAAGAGCAAGCCUGAGCCGCUGCAUGUCGACUCCUCCCCCUCCAGUGCCCAGGACUCAUCUCCCAAGACGCCUACCCAAACUCACCAAUUCCCUCACCACCUCUACGGCGACUCGAAGCGAUCUCGCACUCCCGCCUCCGGCGUUGACGGCGACGACUAUGCAUCCACCAUCAACUCAGGCACCGCCACGCCCGCCAUGAAGGCGCCCACUCAUCCUCCGCCUCCGAUCCCUCCGCCGCCUCCUCCUCCCGCCGUCGACGUCCUCGAGAUUCCCAGGGUAGACUACCUGCUGCAGAAUGGUGGCCUCACGCAGCCGGUUACAAGACACUUCUUAUCAGUUUUACCCCUCGUCAAUGGCACAUUAAGGCCCGCAAAUUCCCUCCUCGGCGGCGCCGAAACGCUCUUCACGCCGUUUGUCAACCUCCUGGACCAGUAUCAAACUGUCCUCUCCAAGCAGGGAUCCGUUGCAGUGGCCACUGGCCAUCGGUCAGUCGCUCGCCGCUUGCUUGACCGGCUCGAGAACGUCUUCUCUCGAGAUCUGCCGCCUCACGGCUGCUCCUGCAUCAUCUGCGAGAAAUCCAACGAGCCUCACCGCGGCCUCAACUGGGGAGAUGUCCUGGAAUGGGUCAGCGGCCGCAUUGAGCUCCCUUCAUGGCCGCCCUUUGACCUGGCAGACAUCGGCACCAAGGCUGCCGAAAUAUCAGGCGAAAUCCCUCCAAGGCCAGAUUCGCCCAUCCAGCUGGAUCCCGACAUUGCCGAGGAGUUCAGGGAGCACUACUUGCGCCAGUCGAAAAAGGUCAGGUCUGCUGUCGACAGAUGGCUCACCAGCACGGGCGAGACACCUGUGCCACCGCCCCAGGACGUUGAUGACGAGACGCUGAGUUUCGCCAUCUUGACCAACCUCGACGCCGAAGACCGGCCCUUCUUCAACGCUCUCCUCGCCGGUUCAAAAGAGCUGAGACCGGCAACCCGCGCGCCUACUCCUCUCAACCGGCCGCGCAACGACUUCAUCGUCAAGACUGGUCUCUCGCUGCAGCGGCUAUAUCGCCUUCAGCAGGUCCCUCGGGAUGCAGAGAGCGCCACAUAUCUCAUCAAAAAUCACCAUACCCACGACCUUCUCAUCACCCUGUCCAACAUUAACAAUCAAGAAUGGGAGAUUUUGACAUCCGGCCGGUUUGAUGGCUUCCUGUGGUCCGGCGCCGAUGAUGACUUUGGCGGAGUGGAAUCGAGGGGCCCGACGCCGUUCCGGGGCCCUUCGGCCAUGGGAUCCCGAACCAACACCCCCUUCUCGCCGUAUUCCCGAAACACCACUCCGGCGUCAUUCAUCAGCCUUUCCUCUACGGGCGUGGGCGGCAGCCGACCCCCUGUCUCCAAUGACGAAGAGAUGGAGAUGGCUGCCAUUGCCGAGAUUGAGCGUGAGAUUUACCAGGGCAUGGAGGCCUUGGAGGAUGCAUUUGAGAAGCUCCACCACCAAGCGGAGACGGUCCGAACUGCCCUGCGGCAGCGUGGAGCCGGACUCAUGCAGAACCUCCAGAACCGACGACGCAUUGACGUGCUGUCCAUCCCCGGCUCGGGUAACUCGCAAAACUCGGGCUACGAGCGGCCCUCGUGGGCCGGAAGCGAUGCCGAAAACGGCAGCGAUGACGAUUGGCAGAUGGAAGAGUACGACCUAUAUCCCGAUGACUCGGCCAGCAACAUAAGCAGCAGCCGGCACAGGCGGCCAAAGAGGCGUGUUGAGCGUCGCACUCCGGCUCCCAUUGAGGAAGAAGAGGAGCAGUGAGCUAGAGGUACUCCAGGAGGAUUUUUAAAAGUACGAAGAGAGCGUGUGUUUGAGAGAGAAAGAAGUGCUCAGAAUAUCAUGAAUCGAUUACGAAUAACGAAAGCAUUCGAGUUUGACUUUUUUUUUUUUCCUGCACUUCUUCGACGAACAAGCAAGCAAGCAAGCGCCAUGGCACACGGCAGCUAAACAUGAUGACAUAUUCAUGAAACAAGCAACGGGGAGACGUUGUGUGUGACAGAGAGGGGCCAAAGGCGGCACGAAAGACGACGAAGAGAGAGACAGAGACAGAGACAGAGAGAACCGUAUUUGGGGAUUUUAGAGAGCAUUUCACUGAGAUGGAGAAAAAGAAAAAACGGCCGUCUGUUUGCCGGGGGAGGCAGGCCAAUGUCGAGGCCGGGGCAUAUUUGGAGUUGAUAUGAACAAUGUACCUUGUCGGAUACCAUUUGUUGUAC